AUGGCUCCGGUCCGCCGCAUUGCUCAAAUAGUUCAUCUCAAGCCCUCGGCUGUAGCUGCUUACAAGGAAUGCCAUGCCAAUGUCUGGCCAGAGGUACUGCAGCAAAUCAAGGAUUGCAACAUCAAGGACUACUCAAUCUUCUUCGACAAUGACCGCACUCUAUUCGCUACUUUCAAGUACGUCGGCACGGAUUUCGAAGGCGAUAUGGAGCGGAUGCGAGCAAACCCCAAAGUGAGAGAAUGGUGGGCUAUGACCGAUGGGAUGCAGGAGAGUCCUAUCCCUGGCGCUGUGAGCAGUGCCGACGGACCUGGGUGGUGGAAGGUGUUGGACGAGGUGUUUUACAACGAGUAG